ACGCUUCAAAAAAGAAGGAGUACUUGGUGUUGUCAAAGAUGUAUUUCUUCCAUGGUACAAUGCAUAUCGGUUCCUUGUUCAGAAUGCAAAGAGACUUGAGAUUGAAAUUUGUAGGUCCUUUCUUCCUAGUAAUCUAGCAACUUUACAGUCAUCAAACGUUCUCGAUCAGUGGAUUCACUCAGCUACGCAGACUCUUGUCAAGGAUGUCCACGAAAAGAUGGAUGAAUAUCGUCUUGACACCGUGGUUCCUCUUCUCUUGGAGUUCCUUGACAAUCUCACUAACAUAUAUGUUAGAUUCAACCGCAAGAGGUUAAAAGGCCGUACAGGAAAAGAUGAUUGUCACACUGCUCUUUCAACUCUCUAUAAUGUUCUCCUUACUUCUUGCAAAGUGAUGACUCCUUUUACACCCUUCUUCACUGAGACUUUAUACCAGAAUCUACGGAAAGUGUGUGAAGGUUCUGAGGAAAGCAUUCAUUACUGUAGUUAUCCUCAAGAGGAAGAAACGAGAGGGGAGAGGAUUGAGAAAAGUGUUACAAGUAUGAAGAAAAUUAUUAAACUUGCUCGGAACAUUCGUAAUCGUAAGGGUGAUAAGCUUCAAGAACAACUACCAUUGAAAACUCCUCUAAAGGAAAUGAUUGUAGUCCACCCAGAUGCAGAAUUCUUGGAUGACAUAACUGGAAAACUAAAACAGUAUGUCUUGGAUGAACUCAAUGUAAGAUCUCUUGUCCCAUGCAACGAUACUCUGAAGUAUGUGUCACUAAAAGCAGUACCAGAUUACAGUGUGUUGGGAAAACGACUUGGAAAGUCUAUGGGAAUUGUUACACAAGAAGUUAGAAAAAUGUCUCACCCAGAUAUCUUAAGAUUUAAGGAGACUAAGGAAGUCACUAUUGCUAAUCACUCGCUCAAGCUAACAGAUAUCAAGAUUGUCAGGGAUUUCAAACGUCCAGAUGGUUUGAAAGAUACAGAGAUUGAUGCAGCUGUAGAUGAUGAUGUUAUGGUGAUUUUGGAUCUACGAGAAGAUGAAUCUUUGAAAAAUGAAGGUGUUGCUCGUGAGAUUGUCAAUAGGAUCCAGAAACUACGAAAGAAGUCUUGUCUGGAACCAACAGACUUUGUUGAAGUGUACUUUGAAUCAUUGGACAUGGGUGACUCUGUUGUGCAACGAGUUCUAUGCUCCCAGGAACAAUACAUUAGGGAAAAAAUUGGCUCCCCUUUGCUUCAUUCUACUUUGAUGCCACCAGAUGUAGUUAUAAUAUCUGAUGAGAGUUUUGAAUUGAAAGAAUCUAAAUUUUCAUUUAAGAUAAGUUUGGCUAGACCAGCUUUAAAGUUCAAUGAAGAAGCUCUUCUCGCUUUGUACUCGGGAGAUGUGAAAUUCGCAACCCGGCUCCAAACAUACUUGUUAUCGAGGGAUCAUUCAAAUUUAAAAUCAGAGUUCCAAGCCGGAGAUGGGAAGAUAACUGCAAGUUGCAUUGAAAAGCUCCCAGUUGUGAUUGUGAUUCUAGGAGAACAUUUGCAUUUAACAGUUGGUGACUACUUGUUGAGCAAGAAGAACGCGUGAGAGCCUUUUAAAGUGUUUUCUACUAGAUUAUUGCAAAAAAGUUAAAUAUGUGCGUUGAGACUCUGUACUCGUUCUAUUUGUACAAUACUAAACUUUUGAUCAUCUCAAAAUUGAUGGUAGGACAGAUAUAAGUAUGUCUAGUGACCAUCGUUGAAGAUGGGAUUUGGUACAAAAAAAAAGACGAGAAACUUUGGUCGUCUUACUUAUAGAAAUUUAAAAUUAUUCGAACUAGCUUCACAAACAUGCUCGAGAGUUUCAAAGUGUUUUGGUUUUUAUCAUAUCUUGAUCUACGAUGUACCAAAUCUUGAUUUUAACGACUUGGUAAUCAAGAUCAGUUUGCAAUGGAGAUAGUGUUGUUGAUAACACUCGCUGGAUAUUCAGUGUAUCGGAAUGUGGGGUAUCAGAUCUUGAUCUACGCGUGGACUGGGAUGAGAAAAGAAACUGCCAUUCAUGUGGAAGAUAUUUUUCUUCCAAAACUCAAGACUACUAAAA